AGUAUUGUAAUGUUCGCUUCGCGAAGAAAAUUGUUAAUCUUGCGAAGAUACAUAUUUAUUUCUUUCACUUUAAAUACAUAUUUUUUGUCUAUAUUAUUGUCUUUCAGUGCUUUAAAAGAUAAUUAUUAUGUUUUCAAAUGUUUGGAUAUGAGAAACAUCUUUAAAAGGUGGUAAAAAGCACCGUAACAAUGUUUGCCAGUUUAAAAAGCAAGAUAAAGGAGGAAACUGGUAGCGAUAUCAGUAAAUUGACAAGCAGUUGGCGUAAUGGAGCGUUUUUAGGUCGCAUGUCGCUUAGAGACGAUUCUUCCACAGCAAGUCCAAGUAGUUCGGGUGGGCCAGGAGAUUCGACGUCUGAUUCUAUUUCCCCACAAUUGGAGUCAUAUUUAUCAGACCGCACGGGUGGCCAAGUGGAUCAGGCUGGCUUGCAGCAACAGUACUCAACUCAGUUGGAAGUCAAACUCAAAGACAGAGAUGCUUAUUGGGAGAAGAAGAUUGAGGAGCUUAAACUUUCUUUAGCUUCUGUGCAGGGAUCAGAAGCAGCAGCUGCGCAAGCAGUGGCCCGUGCGGCGCAGGCAGAGGCUGCGACUGCGGCGCGCCAACGAGACGCGGCUGAAGCGCAACUGCGGUCGCUACGGGAAAGAGUCGCCGCUGCCGAGCGAGCACAGGACCGGCUUGAUGCCCUCACUGAAGAACUCGAGCAGUCUCGUCGCGAAUGGUCUCGCGAGCGCAGUGAGCUGACGAGCGCUCUGAGCGAGGCGGAGGCUCGCGCGCGCGACCUCGCCGACCAACUGGCCUUAGUCAAGGCUGCUUUGCCUGCAGACAAUGCCAUGCAUCACAUGCAUGAAGAUGACAAACGGGCGAUGACAGAGUCGGGAUGCGUUGAUUAUGAUCGAGUAUGUCGCGAACGAGCCGUGUUGGCGCGACAACUGCAAGAGGCUAAGGUUGCUUUGGCAGAUGUCAAGACGUCAUGGAGUGGACAGAUAGCCUCGCUGGAGACACAGGUGGCGCGACUGUCGCGGCAAGCGGGGGAAGAGGGCGCGGAGAGGAGAAGAGUAGAGUUGGAGAAAAAAGAGUUACAAGAGAAUCUAGUUAACAUGUCGGCAGAGCUGGAGAAAGUUCGACAGAACUUAGCUAAUAGCGAAGCUAAGGAUAUAACGAUGGACCUUGAAAAACGAAUACAAGAGCUAACAGAAGCAAACGAACAACUGAACGUUGCUUUGGAGAAUGAACGGACCCUGGUGAAGAUCCUCAAAGAGAAGGUGGACAAAUCCAACAGGCUGUAUGACGAGCAAAAGGCUGAGGUGACCAGAUUGGAUAUCCUGAUGACUGAACUCAGAAAUGACUGUGUGGAGUUGAAAAAGAAAUAUGACAUGGAGCGGCGAGAGAAAGACGAAGCUAUACUCCGCAACGCACACAUGUCCCAGUCGAUAGAGAUGUGUCAGAGCAACGUGCGCUACCAGGAGACUGAGAUAUCUGACCUGAAGGCGAGGAUAGCAGAGCUGGAGGCCGUCAUAGCUCAACACAAGGAGAACCAAGCGGCGUGUAUGCUAAUAAAAGAAAAUGAAGAGACGAGAAAAGCGGAGAUCGAACAGUUGAAUAGAAGAGUCCAGGAGUUGGGUGAAAGCGAAGAAAAACUUAAAAAGACUAUUCAAGACUUUGAAACUGAAAUCUGUGAUAAAAAUAAGAAAAUAAAAACUUUAGACAGUCGGAUAGCGGACAUGAAGAAGACUUUGCAGCGGGAACUACAGAGCAGCAAGUCGGACCUCUCUUCGGCCGAGGAGCAGGAUAUUAGCAGAAGGUACUUAAAGCACGUUGUGCUGCGGUUCCUGACAGCGCGGGAGUUAGAGGCGCGCCAGCUGACGCGCGCGCUGGCCGCGCUGCUGCGGCUCUCCGCGCACGAGGAGGCGCUGCUCCGCGCCGCGCUGCCGCCCAGGACCGGGCUCGCGGCUUGGUUCCCCUCACUGAACACUUGAUAAACCCCGGCAAUGUUUGAGACUUUCAUUAAAAAGACUCAGUCAACACUUGAGACUUCGUCAACAUUGAUAGAUUCCAUCUGUUUUGGUCGCUUUCUCAACAUUGGUAGACUCCAUCAGAAAUAAAAUUGUUUUGAUCGCUUUUCUUACGCUCGCACUGCACUAUGCCGGCCAGGAUCGGGUUUGCGGCUUAGUUGCCCCUCAUUGUACACUUGAUAGGCUCCGACAAUAUUUGAGACCAUCGUCAAAACGUGAGACUUCGUCAACAUUGGUAGACUCCAUCAGAAAUAAAACUGUUUUGGCUCUAGACGUACUGCCGUUGUGCAGAUUUAGUGACUUGGUUCCCAUCACAUAAUAAUACUUACAGGGUGUAAAUAUUAGGUAUAUUUCCAUGAGUGAUAUGUUGACGUCGUGCCUAUUUUCCCCACAUAUUCGGACAAAAUUGACAACGAUUGAUGGAGUCUCUAUCUGAUAUAUAACAGUUUCUGAAAAGUGUUGAGUCUGAAAUUAUAAAACAUCGGCUGUCUACGGCUGACAUGAAAUCAUAUUUUUAUACACGCUUGCUGACUAGGAUAACAAGCAGUUUCACGUCUGUUCAUGAGUGCUACCACUCCACACCAAUACAUCAAGUAUUGCAUGAAAUAUUCUUCUAGAUAUUGAGCAUGUUUAACACUAUUUACCAACUUCAGUGUAUCCGAAUUAAUGUAUUGAUUACAAAAACAAGGCUUGAUAAAAAUCUGAAUGUCUACACAACUUCACACUAUGUUCCGAUUUUGGAGGCGAGAGCGGGUGAUUUGUUAUUGGUUAAGGUAAUUUUCACAUUUUUUUUUCGCUUUCUGUAUGUAUUUUUAUGAAAACUCACUCAGUUUUAUCGUCCGAAUAUGCUGUGAAAAUUACCUCAACCUAUAAAAAUUUAAAUAGACGGACAGUUACAAAUAGCAGGAUUUCUUUUUAUAAUAUUUAGAGAUGAGGUCACUUUAGCUUUAUAGAGAUUUAUUUUACGAAUAAAAUAUGACACGAUUUGCCACUAAAAAUUAUUUCAGUAUAAUAGAGAUCUCGAAUAUUUAAUGUUGUGUUUGUAAGUGAAAAUCAUUUGUUUAUAAUGAAGUAUUGUAGAAUCCACGUUGAUUAUUUACGAAGAACAUAAUUAUUUAUUGGUUUCAAUUUUGAGGAAUUAUUUUUUUAUGAAAUAAUUUUAUGUGAUGAUAUAUUUAUUUUUGACGAAAUUGAUACUAGUAAAUUCCUUUACAAAAAAAACCUACCCGUAUUAACGUAGAAUUUGUAAAUCAUUAUGAUAUAUUGAAAUUAGGUUAUAAUAAAAAGUGUAAUAGUAUUUUUACAGUAUUUAUUAAUGUUUUAAUUUUGUUAUGUAAAGUGUUGAAAGUUUAAAUGUUUGCCUUAAUAGUUGCUAGUCACUUGUAUAAUUUGUUUAUGUGUAGAUAUUGUUCACCGCUUCCAAAUCAUUCCAUACUAUGGGACCCUGCAAGUUGUCCUACUUCGCAAUAAAUUCGCUCAUAAAUGUUUGUUCAUAUUAUAAUAAUAAAAAAUAGUACAACGAAAGAUUUUAGAAAAUUUCAACAGAACCGAUGCCGCAAUUAAAUAUUUCUUUUCUAUAUUAGAUGUGCCAUCUUACAUUUGUUCUAGCAUUAUCAAUUUUUUAUCUACGUUACUAUGUAUUAGACAUCGAGUUUCUAUUCUCAUUUAAAUUAGAAUUAUUGAGUUUUUAAGCCAACCAGAAAGUUUUAUUUCAUGUGAAAAUUUAAUUUACUGCUUGGAGUCCUUUUGCAUUCAGGCAACUUGCAGAUUAACCCGAUAUAUUUUGAUAACUAUUGUUAUAUUUUAAUUUUCAUGUAGUUCAUGUUUAGGUGAGUACAUAAAAAUGUAUAAUGAUUUUUGUAAUAUUAGAUUUAUUUUUUAAUUAAAAUGACGAGUUGAUAACACAUCACAAUAUUUAUGUUAUAUAAGAAAUAGUAAUCAGGUGCUUAUAAAAUUAUAUAUCUAUAUAAUAUGAAAAUAACUGCGGAACUAAACCACUGCCCCCUAAAUAAAUUAAAAAUAGCAAAGUGAAUUUUAUAGUAUCGUUGUAAGGCUGCGCUUUAUGGUAAAAGUGCAUUUUUACCAACUACUGAGCGUUCUAGUAAUAAUUACCCUUGUAAGAUGAUAUUACGAAACGAGAACAAUAUUCGAACAUUUCAUUUUUGCGAGAGAAAAUAAUGAAAAAGGAUUCACGCCAAAGAUUUAUGCGUCGUAAAGUCAUAGCGGAUUGGAUUUACUGGAAAAAAUGAAAAAGGUUAAUUAUUUAAUUAUGUAGAUACAAAUUGAUCUGAAAUACAUGUCAAUAGUACAUCC